CCAUUCCUGCUGCUGCACCCACUUUCUUUAGUCUGGCAACAGUGGAGUAACAAUGAGGUUACUGGGAUGCUACUUGAUGCUUUUCUUCUUGACUUGGGGUAAUGCCAGGGCACAGGGGGAGUACUGUCAUGGAUGGGUGGACACUGAUGGCAAGUACCAGGCGGGAUUCCAGUGCCCGGAGGAUUUUGAUACAGUGGACGCCACUAUCUGUUGCGGCUCCUGCUCAUUGCGCUAUUGUUGUGCAGCGUCAGAUGCCAGACUGGAACAAGGCAGCUGUACCAAUGACAGGGAGCUGGAGAACACUGGAGUCACUGCCCAACCUGUAUAUGUUCCAUUCCUCGUUGUUGGGUCCAUAUUCAUUGCCUUCAUCAUCGUUGGCUCCCUGGUUGCCGUCUACUGCUGCACAUGUUUGAGACCGAAGCAGACAUCUCAACAGCCGAUGAGAUUCACCUUACGCAGUUACCCUCCUGAAUCUCUACCGAUGAUUUUGACCAGUACUAGCCUAAGGACUCCAUCUAGACAGUCCAGCACUGCAACAAGUUCUACCUCUACUGGGGGAUCAGUAUGUCGACUUUCCUCCUCAAGAGCAGAUCCUGGUUAUCUAGUAACAUCACCACCCGCCUCCGUAUUCUCAGCACAUUCCAUCCAUCUCAAUCCCUCAUCCACAUUUCUGGUGCCCACACAGUACUUUUCCUAUCCUCUCCAAACAGAUGGAAACCUAAAUAAAAACUGCCCUGAUUUUAGACAGUAA